AUGCGCGCGUGGACGCGCGAUACCGCGCUCGCCGCGCUCGAGCCCGUCGAUCUUCGCUGGACCGUCGGCGACGACGUCCCGCCCGUCGGCCGCGGGCUCCGCAACCUCGGCAACUCGUGCUUCCUCAACUCCAUCCUCCAGGCGCUGACCCACACGGCGCCGCUCGCCAAGCUCUGCCUCGCCCGCCGUCACACCGCCAACUGCGCUCUCACGAACGCGCGCGAGCCGUGCGCCUUCUGCAUCAUCGAGCGGCACGCCAUCGCGCCCGAGGAGGUCUUCGGCAACCUCCGCCUGCUCGCGAGGCACUUCGUGCGGGGCAGGCAGGAGGACGCGCACGAGCUCCUGCGCCUGUCGCUGGAGGCGAUGGACGACUCGUGCCUGGCCAACUGCGGCAGGCCGUCGGCGCGCAGGGGCGGGCACAGGGGCCAGUCGUCCGUGGUGUUCGACCCGGAGACGGGCGCGCGGCUCGCACCGCCGACGGCGGUGGAGCGAAUCUUCCAGGGGAAGUUUCGGAACCUGGUCAGGUGCGCGAGGUGCGGGCACGAGAGCAAAACGUAUGACCCGUUUUUGGACGUGUCGCUCGAGCUGCCGGGCCGCGAGGAUCGAUCGAGCCACGGCGGCGGCUACGGGCCGGGGUACCUGCGGGGUUCCGGGAGCGCGCGCGGGAGCGUGGAGUCGGCGCUGAAGAACUUCACCGAGGAGGAGAGGCUCGAGGGUGAGAACGCGUACAGGUGCGAGCGGUGCAAAGAUCUGUGCCCGGCGACGAAGCGCCUCACCAUCCACGAGGCUCCCGCCAUCCUCGUGGUCCACCUGAAGCGUUUCGACCACUACGGCGGGAAGAUCAACUCCCCCGUGGACUUCACCGAGCGACUCACCCUGGGCGGUCACAUGUCCGAGGAUGCCGAGGAAGCCGGGCCCGCGUACCGGCUCUACGCGAUGGUGACCCACUCGGGCAACGACGCGAUCGCCAGCUUCUACGGCGCAGCGACGAACGCGAGCGACGACGAGUGGUACCUGUGCGACGACUCCAGCGUUCGAAGGGUGAACCGCGCGGAUGUUUUCGACGAGCAGGCGUACGUCCUCUUUUACGAGCGAGACGAGGAG